AUGAAAUUGGGGGAUGGAAACAACAAGUAUUUCCAUGCUUGCAUUAAGGCCAAAAAUAAGAUAAAGAAAAUGAGCAUGCUUCAGGCUGAAGAUGUCACAGAACUGAAAACAAAAGCAAAAAUUGAAAAAGAGGUCAUGCUGUUUUAUAAAAAUAUGAUGGGUAAAGCUGAUGCAAAGAUUGAUGGAAUAGACACAACUGUGUUAAUAGAAGGCCCUCAACUAAGUAAUGUGAAAACAGAGUUCUUGACAACUACUAUUACUAAUGAUGAGAUUGAGAAAGCCUUAAGAAGUAUAUGUGACCUUAAGGCCCCAAGAGUGGAUGGGUAUGAAGCAUAUUUCUUCAAGGUAACAUGGAGUAUUAUGAAACAUGAUGUACUUAGAGCAGUGCAUGACUGUUUCCUUACUGUUAGGAUGUAA